AUUUUUCGUUGUUGCUGCAAUUUAAAAUUUCAACGAGCGCAAAUCGGGGACUCAUUGUUAUUAGUUUAUCGAGCAGCAACGAGAAAACGCGUUGUUGUUACAUGUUGUUACUGUCAGUCGUUCAACGUAACAACGUUUACACUCGAGCUUUCGAGGGCGCCGAACUUGAUUGCAAACAAACACGGUCGUCUCUACGUAGCUAUGUAGAUAGCGCGAGUUUAUGGAAAGUCGCAACGGAAUGUCGUUAAAGGUGUAUCUCGUUCAGUGCGUAUCGGAAAUCCCGGCCGAGUAAUCGCAUAAGUUCGCCAAGUUAGCGCCGACGAAAUAUACAUUUUGCAUGACGGAGUCUCUUUUGACGAAUAAUAGCAAUUUGAUUCAUCGAUCGAGUUAUUCAUAGCCGCUCCAGUUCGUGAAACUUUUUUGGCUGGUCUCGCAUUAAUUGGAUCAUCAAUAAUUGGAUCAUAAUCGUUCUGCAUCGGUAAUCGAUAAAUCGAGAAUAUUUCACUGAUCCCAGGUGUAGAAACUAUAUUUUUAAUCGUCGGGAUAUGGCGGCUUUUAACGGAGUUCGUGUGCUACCAGAUAUACCAACGAACGUACCGAGCAUGGAGACCUUAAUCCAAGAGUUCGAGACAGGCCUUAAAUCGUCCAAUCGCCAGGACAGCGUUUUAAAAUCGUCGACUUCAAACGGCGGCAGCUUCGUUAAGAAGAUUGUCGAAGCUUACGAGUCGAGUAUUAGAGCAUCUAUUGAAAAUGUUGAAGAGGAACACACCAGCAAAAGAUCCGGUCUUUUCAACACCAUCCGAAACCAGAAAAAUGUAGAAAAGACCGAUUCAAGUCCCUUGACAUACGGCGAACUCAGCAAUAGUCUUAAAAAUACAUCCGAGACUUUUGUUUCUUCCGUCGUCAAGAAGCACGAUCCCGAGGACGAUUUUGUGAUGCCUAAUCGAUGCCGACAUUCAAAGAGCGACAAAAAGACAGACAUUUUGAAGACGUGGUCGGAUAUCUCUUCCAAGAUAAAUAAAUAUAGUUUUAUGAGAGAAUUGACGAAUAGUCGACCCAAUUCCUCGAAAAAAAGCAAAACUAAAACUCUGAAGAGGAAAGGUCAAAUAUUCUGUAGCCCCUCGGAAAGUGAAGGAAAAUAUAAAUCGAAAAAUAAUAUGCCUCUAAUCUGCUCGAGUCCUUUAGAGGAUGUUGACGACAAAGAUAUGGACUAUGACGAGGAUCCUCUUGAUAAUAUCUUGACAAAUUCUCAUGACUCGAGUAACAAUAGCAAUGAUAGUUACAAAAAUUUGCAAGUCGACUUGUACCAUUUUGAAAGCGAAGAUCGCAAAUUUGAAUUAUCCUCAACCUCAUCGCAAUCGUUGAAUUCCUCCUCGAGAUCAUUGUGCGAUGACACGUCGAGUACAAAGAGUUAUAAUGACAAUUUGAUGUUAGAGUCAUCCUUCCAAGACAUUACCGUUGUACCUGAUGUUUUAAAUGAUUACAAGAAUCUUCAGGACAUGGAACAGAUAUUAAAACUCUCCUCCAAUUUCAAUGGGGAAUCGCCGCGAGUGAUCGGCGUUUCGCUGAAGCGGCCGAUCGAGAUCGACAACGAUAUCUCCGUGACAUGGAUACCGGUGCUGGACGAGAAGCUGCCGCAAAAGAAGUCAUUGAAGAAAAUACUAUCAAUGUUUAAUCGAGCUAAGCUAUCGUUAAAUCACAGGAAGAUCAGCAAGAAAUCGAAGGAGAAGCAAUCGAAGAAACAACAUAUUUUUGACUCGGGAUUUAUCGAACAAUGUCCGUCAGCGUCAUCUCCCUCUUCCCAACAAUCCUGGCAUUCUGAUACCGAUCACGUCGGCGACGAGCCAUCGACGCCGCUGACCUUCGGGACAUUUGGGCGCGUCAGUGAGCAUUGCACUGGGAGAACGGACAAGAAUCGCAUGAUGUUGACCGAAAUACUUCAUGCUCCGCAGCUCGCGAGUGAUUUUGUGUCUUCCGAUCCGAAUUCCUGGAUAUCCUCGCGGAUUUCAACUUCCUUGGGCAAAGAGCCAGGGCAUCAGGACGUUGAAUCCUCGUCGAGAAACAUGAGCACUACGAGUUUUUCGAAGUCGAGGGUUUUCUGCAAAUACCCGUCGCUUCCUAAGCACCCCCAUUUGAACCGCAGUAGCAUUCCUAAGCAUCCUUUUGUUGCGCAGACGAAAAUGGAUCAAAUAGAGGAGGAGGAAGCGGUGACAGAGAAAACCAUGCAGUGUGACGAAAAGGUCGAACAGAAACCUGAAGUGCUUGAAUUAACAAUGAGAUCUUCGAGUUCGUCGCCUAUACCCGUGCCUCAAUCUACAUCAAACACCUCGCAUUUCAGAAUGCCCAAAUGCACGGAUUCAUCUACAAAUAGCAAUUAUGAUCUGCCAAAUUGGCGCAGGUCAACAUCAGCGCUCGACGAGGUCGUUCUUCGUCGGCAAGCAUCUAUCUAUGAUGUUCCCAGACGUUCCUGGUUGUCCAGCCUUACAAUGGAUCCCUCAUCGCCCAUUAAUAAUCUAUAUGAGGAGAUCGUGCCUUGCGAACCUCGUUUUGCUACCGUGAGCCCGAAGAACUUUAGAUUUUUUAUAUCUCAGGAGAAAUCACGAGCGAUCGAAAAGAGUUUUGACAAUUAAAAGAGGCUCGGAGGCAUCUUCUCUCGAAAAAAUUUUCGACAAGGUUAUAUGAUUAAUUAGCCCGUACUUAAUUUAAACAUAAUUUAUUUUCUUUAAAUCUAUCUUAAUGAAUAAUUUUUCUUAAUGUAACAUUUUAUUUGAUAAAUGUAUUUAAGUUAUACGAAAGAAUGCUAUGAAUUAUUUGUCAAAUUAUGAUCAAAUUUUUCAUAAUCACAUAGCAACGUUGUUUAUUAAAAAUUAACUUAUAAUUAUUUACGGUAGCUCAUAAUUAAAAUUAUUUUUCUAUUUAGGUUUAUGAAGAUUAAUUGCACGGUAAUGUCAGAUGAAUGACGAGAACGAUUUCAAUUUAUGCAUGCUU